AUAACAUUUGAUUCGAAAGCGAUGAUUGGUGUUGUGUGGUGAAGCAGAAAUGCGGCUGUUUUGAAAGCAAUGGCAUUUUCAAAAUCAAAACGUUUUAAUGAUCUCAAAGAAUUGGCUCCACCUGUAGGCACAUAUAACCCGAAAGAUGUAAAGAAAGAAGCUGCAGCACUGGGCUUUGACAAAUCUGGUCGUUUUAUAGAUCACAAAGAUGAUUAUCCAGGCCCAGGAGAUUUCAACAUUAGCAGUGUCAGUGCAUUUGGCAACAGUAGUGUCUUGUUCAGCAGCACUCCAGUUAAACGACGUCUGAAUCCUUCCGGCAAACAUGGGGAUGAGAGAGACAAAACUGGAAGACAGGAAAGUGCCACGGAAAUAAAAGAAUUGGAGAGAGAGGUUAAAAGACUCUUCCAAGACAGAAUAGAGCAGGCACGACUGUUGGCACACAAAGAUGAAGAUAUUAAAAAGUUGGAAAGCCGCCUUCAGAAUGCCUUAUCUGAUCGUUCUUCUCUAUUGGCAAAAGUGGCAUCACUUGAGAAAGAUAUCAAAGAUUUGCACAAAAGCAAUGAUGUUCUCAAAAAUACGCUGUCUUCGGUGGAAAGUAGUGUAAAGAAGAAAGACGACAAACUCCACGCCGAGUUGACUGAUGUGGGGAAGAAACUAGAAGUAAAAGACAAAGAAGUGUUGGAGAUUAAAGACAAGAUAAACAAAGCUGUGUCGAUGUUAAUCAAAGAUCUUGUGGCGUGCGAAGCGUUACCAUCUGAUGACACUAAAACAGCAGAAAGCCAGCUAGACUUUAGUGACAGCUUGACAGAAAAAAUUGAAAAAGCUAAAAAAGGAAUUGAGACAAUGAAAUUAAGAGAAAAGAUGUUGACCUCUGAUCUCAAAAAAGAGAUUGCAGCACUGAACUCUGAAAUUGAGGAACUAAAGAUGAAAGAAGAGGAAGCUAAACUGAAACUUGAACAUGACAACCAACUGUUGAUGUCCAAGUGCAAAACGGUGAAACAUUCAUCAUCUGUUCUAAUGUUCAAAAACUGGGAAUUUGAAGAUCAAAUUAGGUAUUUGAAAGGUGAAAUAUUUGCUGUUAGUGACGAAAAGGAAAACACUGAGCAACAGACAUUCGAAGCAAAGGCUGAGACAGCAGGUUUAUUGGAAAGAAUUGAAGUGCUGGAGGAAUCAGAAGAAAGACUGAAUGAAAACCUCAAGAAAAUGAUGGAAAAGUGUAACAAUUUAAAUGUCUCAUUAGUUGAAGAGAGGCUGUCCCUAUCAGAACUCCGAGAUACACUUAAAGCAGAGAUACAAACCAGCAAGACUCUCCAGGAAAAUCUUACGGCAGAACAGAUUGAAAGAAGAAAACUAGAAGAGGAAUUGCAGUUAGCCAAUGCAUCUGUUGUUGAAUUGAACAGAAUGGUAAACAGUCUCACGAAGGAAAACAAUACUGUCAUGAAUACAGUUAAUGAUAUUCAAAACCAUCACUUGAUGCUGAAGGAUACUUGCCAUUGUCUAACAAGUCAGAACGAAAGUCUUAAAAUUCAAGUAGAUUCUUUGAAUGCUUGCAAAAAUUCUUUGAAUUCUAAGCUGUCUGAAGUGAUGACCUCUCACAAAAAGACCAUUGAUUUGUAUCUGCAACAAAUUAAAGACCUGGAGACAGAAUCUCAAACACUUGUGGUUAAGAAUAACCAGCUCAUGGAGAGUGUGGAAGAACUUUCUCUGCUGAAAAACAGUCUCUGUGAGCAGCUUGUGGAAUCUGAUAAUUCCAGAGUUGAUCUUGUAUUGCAGCAUAAAUUGGAAACUGAAGAAAAACAAAAAGAAAUUGAAGAACUUUCUACAAAAGAAAAGCAGCAUGAAAUGCUAAUCAAAGAAAAACAGAACACAAUUGAAGAACUUUCUACAAAAGAAAAGCAGCAUGAAAUACUAAUCAAAGAAAAACAAAUCCAAAUUGAAGAACUUUCUACAAAAGAAAAUAAGCAUGAAAUGAUAAUAAAAGAGAAACAAAUCCAAAUUGAAGAACUUUCUACAAAAGAAAAGCAGCAUGAAAUACUAAUCAAAGAAAAACAGAACACAGUUGAAGAACUUUCUACAAAAGAAAAUGAGCAUGAAAUACUAAUCAAAGAAAAACAGAAAGAAAUUGAAAAGCAAAGCAAGCAGCUGGUUCAGCUAACGGAUGAAUUAUGCCACAUUAAAAAAGAACUCAGUCAAGUUGUAAAUGAAAAGGCCACGGUUGAAACUGAGAAUGUGUCUUUGCAGUCCUCAAAUGUAUUAAUAUCUGAUGAACUGAAGAUACUAAAAGAAGAGAAACAAAAAACUGAAGUUGCUCAAGACUGCAAAAUAAAAUCACUUGCUGAUAGAUGCUCAGAGCUGCAGAAAACUCUAGAUGAUAUUGAAAUAGCAAAUAAUCAAACCACGGCAGAUCUAAAAGCUCAGCUUGAACAUUCCAUUGAAAAUAUCAAAAUUCUAGAACAGCAGCAUGCAGAGAAGUUGAAAAUAAUAGACAGAGAGAAUGAACAUGUGGAUGUGUUGACAUGUGAACUGGAUGCUAUGAAACUGCAUAACAAGGAUCUGAAACUCCUGUCUGAAAGCAAGGACAAACAGAUAACUGAUUUGAAUCAGAAGCUCUCUGAUGCCAGGAGCACUAUUGAUGCACUGACAGAGGAUCUCGAUAACAAGACACUACAAACACAUAUUGAAAUGUUAAGCUCUCAGCUCUCGCAGGAAGUUGAGUCGCGGCAGAUGCUUUCAAAAAUGCACCAGAUGCAGAUUGCACGUCUUGAAGAGGAAAACAAUAAACUGUCCACCGAUGUUACAAAGCAAGAGCAAAGCAUUGCCAUUUUACAGCAGUUGAAACAGGAUCUCCUUAAUGAAAAUGCGGUUAACAAAGAAAUGUCUAGUGCUAAAAUAAUUGAACUGGAAGGCAGACUCAAGUCAGUUGAAAAUGAGUGGAUAGAUUCCAGGCAGGAAAUGAUCGAGUUCCAUAAUUCGGAGUUACAAGACAGGGGUGAUGUUAUUACUCAUCUGGAGGAAACAUGUGCCGAGUUACGACAGGAAUUGGGCAGCAUCCAUGCUCAAAUGGAAUCGGAAGACCUUUAUGCUGCAAAGUUAGAAAUUACUCAGUGGAAGUGUCUAUAUGAGGAAUUGUUAGAAAAAGUAUCACCAUUCAUGACUCAGAUUGAUGCAUUUGAAUUGGAAAGACAGAUUUUGUUAGGUGAGAGCAAAAAUGCUCAGGCCGAAAUUGACAAGCUUGGUCAGGAAUAUGCUCGUCUUCUAGGACAUCAGAAUCAGAAGCAGAGAAUAAAACACGUAGAAAAAAUGAGAGCAGAAAAACAUGCUUUGACAAAAGAAGUUGUUAGUUUGCGUGAAACAACAAAGAAACAGAACUGGACCAUUGACAAGUUGCAGACCAAACUAAAAGCUCUGGAAAACAAGAAGACAUUUGAUCCCAGUAAAGCAUUUAAACAUGGGGCAGCUGGGAAGGAAAAUGCAUAUUUACUGGCUUCAAGUUCACUCAAGCAGGAUCAGUGCAGUCCUUUAAAACCUGGUAAUAGGUUUUGAAAACAUCUCUGAAGAUUAAGGAAGAGUUCUGAGCCAUAAGAAAAAUGGAAAGCUGAAUCUGUAUAUAUGUAUAUUAUAUAUGAGAGUGUACAUGAUGUACUACGGAUAAUGACAUCAACAAAUGUGCAUGUUUUAUAUAUAUAUAUAUAUAUAUAUAAUAUAUAUAUAUAUAUAUAUAUAUAUAUAUAUAUAGAAUACUAAACGAGCUUGCCUGUCAUACCAUUUUUAUGAAACAAGUGAAUAGUUUUGGUAUUGGAUGAGCGAGUUUCAUAAAAAUGGUAUGACAGGUAAGCUAGUUUAGUAUUUUAUUUAUUACAAACCAACUGCAAACAUGCCAUAAAGCUGAAGUAAGCAGAAUCUGAUGUCGAGACCUACUACACGUUAUUUUUCUACGAAUUGGGUCAGCAAUUGAUGUACGUCGCACGUAAAUUUAAAUGACGUUACAAUGAGCUACGAGACAUCCGCAAUGUACAGUUUAAAUUUUGGCGCGAAACUUGCAUUAAUUGUCACUUAGUUACGAAGGCUGAUUUCUGCCCAAACAAAUAAAUCACUACUUUUAGUAUGGCAUUUUAAUGCUGUAAUAGGGCAUUAUAACGCCGUAUUACAGCGUUAUAAUGCCCUAUUUUACGGCACAUUAACGCCAUAAUUUACGGCGUUAAUUUGCUAUAAUGUGGUUAAUUUGACCAAAUGAUAUAACAUUUAGUAGUUAUAUUUCACACCCACCCCCCUUUAAUAAAACAAAUAUUUACUGAUGUUCUAAUGUAGUGUACAUGGUUUCCUUUCUUUUAACAUACUACAUGCCAGUAUUUUAAAGACAGUAUACAGUGACACAUUAUUUCAAUUAGUGCCUUGAACAGGUUUAUAGUGAUGACCUUUAGUGACCUCAGAAUGACCUAAACUAUGAUACCAUUACACUUCCAAUUCCGAAUUUGUCUGUCAACUUCACUGACACAAAACUGUGCAUGACGUUCACCACGUCGUCUCCAAACCCUCUGCCUGCUAUUGGCAAAUCAGUGUGAAUCUUGAUUCAUCGCUAAACACGACUCUAUUCCAUUCCCUCUGAGUCCAUCGCAAGUGGCAUUGUGCCCACAGUUGAUGUUGACGUCGAUGAAAUUGGGUCAAAAUGGGUCCAACAUAUGGGUGCCGUGCUGUGCAUGGAGGUGAGCAGUUCACAAUCGAUUUCAGAUCAUUUGCGCAGACACUACAUCUGAAAAGAUUAUUACUGGUUGCUGCAGCUGUCAUGAAAUGGUUGCGGAGGUGACGUAACACAAUAUGACGGUCAUCUGCCUGUGACGUCACACGUGGUCUACCCGGUCGGGGCGAUCAGCUGUGGUGCCCGUUUGUUGUACUCGUGUCCGCAGAUCAUAAAUUGCCCGUUGACUGCAACCCAACGCCCUUGCAACGUCAGCUACUGACGUUCCUAUGGGCAACAUGCCGACGGCACAUUCACGUUGCAUAUUUGUGAGGCAUGGCAUCAAAACAUGUCAUAACAAAUAUUUUUUGAAUUUGUUUUUUUCGUUGUCCGACUACUGUGAGCAAGUAAUUAUGAAAACGUGUGCUAUUGUAGUCACGUGACUAGUAGCAUGUGUAAAACCACUUUUGCCUCAAUGGUGCUGUGCAUGUGCUAUGGAUCGGAUCACGUGGGCUGUGAUGGGCUUCAGUUGAUUUUUACAAUAUUUAUUCCUGAAAAAUGCCCGCUUUCAACACUCAUUGACUUUAUUCAAAUUUUAGAUUGUGAAGUUUUUUAUUUUGACUCCGUAUACUAAUAUGUUAAUGAAAUCAACAUGAAUAGAUUCAUAAAAUUAUACAAUUUGUAAUGAUGAGUUAUGAAUAUGAGCAAGGGUACACAUUGUUUCAGUGCUAUCCCUAUUCAUGCCAUGCACACUGGAUAAUGUAGACAUUGUGUUUUUAUGUAUGUAAGUUACAUUUUUAUAUAUAUCACAACAAAUAAAACAACUCAGUAUGCAUAUAUUAGUAGUUGGUUGUUGAUAACUGCUGAGCAUUAAUUGUGAAUUGUAAACUGAUGGCGAGUGUGUUCUGUAUUGUGAUUGGUUAAUGACAUUCUUUUUCCGGGAUCAAAUGAAUAUAACACCCGGAAAGCUAAUGACGUCAUUAGGAGUUGGAACAGGCCAUGUUGAUAGUUCAAGGGCCUACAGUUACUGUAGCCAGAUAUUUUUUUCAAGAAAUACCAAAUAUACAGUUCGUUCCGUAGAUGAUUCAGUAUACAAUGGACCUAUCUUUGAUAAUUCUUAGGAGAUAACCAUAUUGAGUUUUUAGAUUUGCAGGUGGUGUUAUCUAUUUGAUCCUGCAAAUGUCAUUUUUGAAAAUGUAACAUUUUUGGGUAUCAAAUAGACAAUAACAGCCGCAAAUCUAAAAGCUCCAUAUGGCUAUCUCCAAAGAUAGGUGAUCUGUAGUGCACCAGUUUAUUCAGGGUAUCUAAGAAUAUUUUAUUUAGACCCAAUAAAUAAUUCAUUGUUGUGACCUGACGGUGCAAUUUAUUCCGGUUUAAUGUAUACUGACCAAUUUAAUGAAGAAUUGAUGAUUAAAACAUUUUAACUGGUUUUGGCAGUCUUUAAUACCAAAAUACCAAUCUACUGUUGAUCAACUGUUUAUCCCACCCCAUUUCUAGUCCUAGCUCUUUACUGCCAUUUUUUGUUACCAAAAUCAUCUUUCUUUUGUCUUACAACCUUUAAUUACCUUUCAUCCUGGGACAGUCAUCUGGCUAGAGUAUUUUGGUUUCCAGUGCAUGACAUAGAUAGCAGGACCAUACAUGGAACAGGAUAUGCUUCAAAUGUCAGGUCUUGUGUUUUAAGGUGUGCUAUUGCCUGCACCCACCAUAGCCCACGUAAAAUGCCUGCCAGGUGGGCUACAAACUGCCCACCUGACUCAAUAUAAUAUAGAAAAAAUGCCCACAUGCAGAAGUACCCUUCAGUUUUAAGAUGAACAUCAUUUUGAGGUGUAAUGUUUAAGACAAGUUUGGUUUUUUAAGUUUACAAGAACAAUGGACACUUAAUAAGCUGUCAUGGCUUCACCAGUUUUGUAUUUGAAAUUUUGUAAAUAUAAUAUGAGCAAUUCCGUGGUCAGGUAAACCAACAUGUCAUUUUUAAAAACGUUCUAAUGAAGCGAGUUUGGAAUCGUUUGAAAGGUUAUUAUCUCUAGUGUCAAAUAUUACAUUAAUCCUUUUUAAGUAGAUGUGUUUUAGUCACUAAAUAUGCAACUAAUGCAUCAACCAUGAAUGCAGCAAUAUUUUUUAUACAUAAGAGUAGAAAUAUAAAUCUUUAUACAUAAAUAAUCGCAGACAUUUCCUUUGUUAUUUGACAUACAUCAUGGAUAUAAAAAAUAUGAAAAUAUAUUUCAUGCAGUUUUUACAUGUGUGUUACUUGUGUUUGUUCAACCCCAAAAUAUUAAAAUUUUUAAUCUCCACUUUUGCUAACUUGUUGUGAAAUAUAACUGUUACUGAUAUGCAAUGUUAAUUUUAUAUGGUUUAUUAAUAAAUGUAAAAACAAUUACUGAAUAUGUAACAAUUACCAUGCUAUGGUGGUGCUGUUAUAGUGUACAUCCGAUACCAUAAAGCUUGUUUAUUCUUUCCCAUUUUCAGGCAAAAAUAUUGAUAUUUAUGCAAUGGCAGUGUAAUAUUGGCACACAUUUUUAUAACUAGAGCCAAUUAUGAUCAUCAGUAUUAAUUGUUAUCCAUAUAAUUGGAUUAAAGGAGUGUUUAUCAAAGUGUGCAAUGGGUAGCUUCCUACCAAAAGUAUUAAUUGUUUUAAAAUGUAAAAAUUAAACAUGCAACUAACUGUUCAUGUCCAUAAAAAGAACAUAACAAACCCAGUAAUUGUAUUUACUGCCAGAUUUUACAAAAUGGAAAAUUUGUAGAUGAUCAUGACCAACUUGUUCAAUGUGACGGCACAUUUGAGGAAACCACUAUUUACAUUCAGUGGCAGCACUUUACUGUUUUAAUAUUCCUGAGUUAAUUACAUGUAUGCAAUGAUUAUGUGUAGAAUUAAUAAAUAUAAAGUUACUUAUCACAAAUAAAA